GCGGUAGCGGCGCAGAAAGCCGGGCGCACCCUGUGGUCCCCGCGCGCGAUGGCUGCGGAGCCCGAAGUCGCCGGGACGCGGGCGCCGGGGCGCGGCGCGCGCCUCUUCACGUGGGAGGAGGUGGCGCAGCGCUCAGGGCGCGGGGAGCGCUGGCUCGUGAUCGAGCGCAAGGUGUACGACAUCAGCGACUUCGCGCGGCGCCACCCGGGAGGCUCGCGGGUCAUCAGCCACUACGCGGGCCAGGAUGCCACGGAUCCCUUCACUGCGUUCCACAUCGACAAAGCCCUUGUGAGAAAGUACAUGAGCUCGCUCCUGAUCGGGGAGCUGGCUCCGGAGCAGCCCAGCUUCGAGCCCAGCAAGAACGAGGCGCUGACCCAUGAGUUCCGGGCACUGCGGGCCGCAGUGGAGCGGAUGGGACUCUUGAGAAGCAGCCAUCUCUUCUUUCUGCUGUACCUGCUGCACAUCCUGCUGCUGGACAUCGCCGCCUGGCUCACCCUGCACAUCUUUGGGACAUCCUUGGUACCCUUCCUCCUCUGCGCUGUGCUGCUGAGCGUGGUCCAGGCGCAGGCCGGUUGGCUGCAGCAUGACUUCGGGCACCUGUCGGUCUUCAGCACCUCCACACUGAACCACCUGCUGCAUCACUUCGUGAUCGGUCACCUGAAGGGGGCCCCUGCCAGCUGGUGGAACCACAUGCACUUCCAGCACCAUGCCAAACCCAAUUGCUUCCGCAAAGACCCAGACAUCAACAUGCACCCCUUUUUCUUCGCCUUAGGGAAGGUGCUUUCGGUGGAGCUCGGGAAACAGAAGAAAAAGUACAUGCCGUACAACCACCAGCACAAGUAUUUCUUCCUGAUUGGGCCACCAGCUCUGCUGCCGCUCUACUUCCAGUGGUACAUUUUCUAUUUUGUCAUCCAGCGGAAGAAGUGGGUGGAUCUGUUCUGGAUGCUCACCUUCUACGUGCGCCUGACCCUCACCUAUGUGCCCCUGCUGGGCCUCCAGGGCUUCCUGGGCCUAUUCUUCAUCGUCAGGUUCUUGGAGAGCAACUGGUUUGUGUGGGUGACACAGAUGAACCACAUCCCCAUGCACAUCGACCAUGACCGCAAUGUGGACUGGGUGUCCACGCAGCUGCAGGCCACCUGCAAUGUGGAGCAGUCCUUCUUCAACGACUGGUUCAGCGGCCACCUCAACUUCCAGAUCGAGCACCACCUCUUCCCCACGAUGCCCCGGCACAACUACCACAAGGUGGCGCCGCUCGUGCGGUCCCUGUGUGCCAGGCACGGCAUUGCCUAUCAGUCCAAGCCGCUGCUGGCCGCCUUCGCAGACAUCGUGCGCUCACUGAAGGAGUCAGGACAGCUGUGGCUGGACGCCUAUCUUCACCAGUAGCAGUGGAUCCCCAGCUCCGCGUGGAAGAGGAAGCGGGCGCACAAGGGACACAGAGGGACACCCACUGCAGUGGGGUGUUGGGGAUGUUGGGGGGUGGGGACACAAGGGCGGGGAUGUUGUUUCCUUUACUACUUUAGUAGAUGCAGGUGGGUGGUGAGUAGCAGGGACGGGAAAGGGGUCGGAGCAGGGUCCCUGGUCUACUUCUUAGUAACUCACCUCCCUCCCUAGUAGACCUCAGAGGGCAGGAGCAGCUGGCUGGAGUGCUCAGGAGGGGACCAGCCACCUCUCACCAAGGCCCUGAGAGCUCAGGUCUCCACCAGGUCCCUGUGCCUGCAUUUGCAGUCCAGGGUCAAGAGGGCGAAGGCCAGGAUUGUUGUCUGGAGACGUUUGGCCCACAAGACCCUGGUGCUGCUGCUAUCUGGCUAGGGAUCCAUGAGGAUUCUGUGGGAACCAGUGGAGGCCAGGGUGUUGUUGCUGGCUGUUCGAAACCCUCUUUGUCUCACCUCUAACCAUGCGCCGGGAUGCAGGACUCUUCC